UCCGUCUGCGUGUUUUUAAUUGUGUCAACACCGGCUGCGACAAUGUGCCAGGAGACAUCGUCCUUAUCAGCUCCAGGCAGGAGCCGUCCUUGUCAAGCAGCAGCCGCAUUGUGACCCACGACAUCCCAGUAAGACUGAUCCCGAGAAAACUGUGGAGUGACUACCGGGAGCCGGUCGUGCCCGAUUUUGAUGUCAGCAUUUAUUUACCAGUCCUGAAGACCAUGAAGAGCAUCGUGGAGAGGAUGAAGAACCUCAGCAACUCGAUAGUAAUAGAAGCAAAUCUAAAUGGGGACAUGAACUUGAAAAUAGAAACCGAACUCGUGUCUGUCACCACCCAUUUCAAAGAACUUGGGAAUCCUCCCUGGGUUUCCGGGAAUGGCUCUCAAGAUUCCACGCAAGAGAGGGAUCCGGAGAGCAUGGCGGAGGCCCGUAUUGACAUCAAGAAGCUUCUUCAGUUCCUCGCCGGGCAGCAAGUGAAUCCCACCAAAGCCCUGUGCAAUAUCGUCAGCAAGAGGAUUGUUCACUUCAUCUUACUCCAAGAGGAGGUUUCCCUUCAGUAUUUCAUUCCGGCCCUUGCGUGAAUUGAAGAGCCCGCCCCACCACGCAUUGCUGCUACCCAUGCCAGCAUCUCUUCUCAAGAUGCCAAAAUAAGGAAGGAACGAAAGGGUUUCGAUGUUGGUAGUUGCGUUAUAUUUUUAUUUACAGCCUUCUAAGUGCAGAAGAAUAUUUUUAAGAGUCUUACUUCCCUUGUAAAUGUAUCUCAAUAUCCGUUGGUAUUUGUAUCUAAGUUUUAUUAAACAAUU